CGUUCAGAAAGAUAAACCCCCUUCUCUUAUGGCCUCAGAGCCAGAGAAAACCCAACUCUCUUCCCCGGAAAAAUUCUCUGUUUGAUUGUUUUUCUUCAUUACCAUCACUUGUCCGAAGUUUCAAUCCAAUAGAUACAUUGAUGCAGAUUAAUGGAGGCAGCAGCCAGCAAAAUGCUUUCAUCAUCAUCCUUAUCUUUGCCCCCAAGAACCCAGCUCAAGCAAUCUCCUCCUCCUCCUUCAGCUUUAAAGUUUUGUGAGCCUUCAGCUCCUGCACAUUCUUCUAUGCUAGCAACUACUUUAGCCCAACAUUUCCCUACUUCUGUCCUAAUUCAAGAACAACGUCGUGAAAGCAAGCCAUUAUUGCAGACAAUAAAAGACGAAAAAACCAGUCAAAUAGGAGCUGAUUCUUCAACACAUGAAGUCGACCCUACAAGCUCUGAUGAAUACCUUAAAGAAUUCCAAUGCCAAUUGCUACAGUGGCCUGGUUUAUGGUACAUGUUACCAUCUUCACAUACAAGAGAAAAACCACUCUCCCCUUUGACUACUACACAACCAGUUCCAAAUGGAUCAAAAAAACUCAUGGAUGUUGAAAUGCAACAAGUACUUGAUCUUGCUAAAAAAGCUCUUUCAGCUUCCAAAGAAGCAGCUUCAUUAGCUGAUGAUGGUGAAUCAUUAGGUGUUGAUCUUGAUAACUCCAUCACUUCAAGCUUAGGAUCUAGACAUCAAACCGAGCUUCAAACCAAAAAAGUCAAAUUUGUAAAGUCAACACGCCACCAAGAAAGACAAUCUAAAAGAAGAAAGGGGACAAAGUCAAAUGUUGUUAUUCGUGAGACUAAAAACUCAACAAAACCAGAGCUUGAGAAGAAAACAUCAUAUAAAGAUUCUAAUUUACACGAUCCCCUUAGAAUGUUCUUAGCACGACCUGUAACAAGAGAACUUUUGACUUCAAAAGAAGAACUUCAACUCAUUGUCCAUAUAAAGGCUGGAAUGAGAUUAGAAGAAGCAAGGAGUAGGUUUCAUGAUCAGUUUAAUCGGGAACCAACAUUAGUUGAAUGGGCUGAAGCUGCUAAUCUUAGUUCCCAUGAGUUGAAAAGUCAACUUCAUCUUGGGAAUAGUAGCAGGGAGAAGUUAAUAUGUGCAAAUUUAAGGAUGGUUGUUUAUAUAGCAAAGCAGUAUAGAGGACGUGGACUCGACCUUCAAGACCUACUUCAGGAGGGGAGUAUGGGACUCAUGAGAAGUGUCCAAAAGUUUAAGCCUCAAGCUGGUUGUAGAUUUGCUACUUAUGCUUAUUGGUGGAUAAGACAGUCUAUCAGACGAGCCAUAUUUCAAAAUUCUAAGCUCAUUCGUUUGCCGGAAGGUGUAUACAAUCUUUUGUACAAGGUUAGUGAAGCAAAGAGAGUAUGCAUCCGUGAAGGCAAUCAUGAUCCAUCACAAAAGCAAAUAGCAGAACAAGCUGGAAUGACACUUGAAAAGCUCCAAAAAUUACGCUCUGUACAAAAGAUAACUCUCUCAUUGCAAAAACCAAUCUAUCCAAACGACACCACUACAUACGAGGAAAUCACUCCUGACACCACAAUCGAUAGCCCAGACACAAGUGUAUCAAAGCAAGUUAUGAGAAACCAUAUCUCAAAUCUUCUAAGUGUUCUUAAUCCAAAGGAAAGGAAAGUAAUCAGACUCAGGUAUGGAAUUGGAGGUGAAGUUAGGAAAUCGUUAGCGGAUAUUGGAAUCAUUUUAGGGGUGUCUAAGGAACGGAUUCGACAAUUGGAAAGCCGAUCGUUGUUCAAGUUGAAGCAGUAUUCUGAAAGCCAGGGUUUGGAUGCGUAUAAAGAUUUGCUUAUUUGAUGUUUGAAGAGGGGAUGACUUUGUUUUGUAAGGUUUUUGUAUUCGAAUGCAAGUUUUUCGGAUGGGUUAGGGAGAAAUGGAAAGCCUUAAGCAUGGUGCAACUGUUCUUUGCAUAGUGUACAAGUAUUUGGAAUAGAAAUGAACCUAGCUUUUUGAAUGUAUGUUGUCGAACUUUUCAUGCUUCGGUGUAACGAAAAGUUGGCUUCAGUUGAAGGAAAAAACACUUCCUUUUGGAAAAUAUAAUGUUUUGUUAGUUGUGUUUAAA